AUGCCUAGAAAAAGAACUCAGCUUUCUAGGCAGACUGCUACUGCAAAGCGAUUGCGACUUCUACGCAGCAAUGAAACACCCGAAGAAAAUCUGCACAGAUUGGCUACUCAACGAGCGAUCAGUGAACAAAACCGUUUAAGGGAAUCGAGUGUUGAACGUUCGCAGCGGUUAGUCUCACAAAAUAUCCGUACUUCGGCGAAUCGACAACGGGAAUCAAGUGCUGAACGUUCUCAACGUUUAGCCGCACAAAAUUCCCGAACUUCGGCAAAUCGCGAGCGGGAAUCAAGCGCUGAACGUUCUCAACGUUUAGCUAAACAGAAUUCCCGCACUUUGGCAAACCGGCAACGGGAAUCAAGCGCUGAACGUUCUCAACGUUUAGCUACACAGAAUUCACGCACUUCGGCAAACCGGGAACGGGAAUCAAGUGCUGAACGUUCCCAUCGAUUAGCACAGCAAAAUGCACGAACAGCAGGGAACAGAACUCGCAGGCAAUAUAAUUUAUUGAAUUCAGCAUUUGCUUAUGAUUAUACCCUUGACUAUGCUGAGCUAAAUGGUACUAAUAUUUGCAGAAUGAAUAAAAUAUGUAAUUCAUGUCAAGCAAAAAAAUGGCCGGCUGAAGCUCCUGGACUGUGUUGUAGUGGUGGCAAAGUAAAUAUUCCUAAAAUUCCAGCACCAACGUCAAUUCUUAAAGAUCUAAUAUCAGGCUCACACCCAUCUUCUAAGCAUUUCUUAAAUCACUCUAGACAAUAUAAUACUCUGUUUCAGAUGACUUCAUUUGGUGCCAAAGAAAUUCGUGAAGGAAAAUUUAUGCCCACUUUUAAAGUCCAGGGGCAAGUUUAUCAUCUAAUCGGUAAUUUACUUCCACCUGUAGGCGCACAACCCGAAUUUUUGCAAAUAUAUUUUAUUUCCCAUACAGAUCAAGUAUCUUUACGCUCAAAUUUAAACCCAACGUUAAAAACCGAUCUUAUCGACGCUCUCCAAACAUAUCUUCACGAUCACAAUACUUAUAUUCAAAGUUUUAAAUAUAAUCUCGAAAACAGACCAACGAAUGAUUUUAAACUUAUCAUUCAUGCUGAUGUGAAACCUCCUAAUGAACAUCGAGGUCGAUAUAAUGCGCCCAUGGUAGAUGAAGUAGCUGUUCUUUUAAUAGAUGAAGACAAAGGUCCCCGAGAUAUAGUGUUAAAUACCAGAGACGGGCGCCUUCAGCGAGUUUCUGAAAUACAUAGAUCUUAUGACCCACUUCAAUAUCCUUUACUGUUUCCCUUUGGAAAUGACGGAUAUUGUAUAAAUAUUCCACAGCAAAAUACUGCUGCUAGAUCUAAAACUAUAUCAUGUAUGCAGUUUUAUGCAUUUAGACUCAUGGUGAGAAUAAAUGACUUUAACAGCAUACAUUAUUUCAAAGGAUUAUUUAAUCAAUACUGUGUUGAUAUGGCGGCAAAAAUGAUUUCUGAGAGGCUUGACUUCAUAAAACGAAAUCAAAAAAAAUUAAGAGCAGAAGAGUACAUUCAUUUAAGAGAUGCCGUGGUUAAUGAUGGCAAUGUAGACGCUUCUAAUGUUGGCCAGCACGUUAUAUUGCCAUCGUCAUUUACAGGAUCUCCUAGAUACAUGAAUGAAAAAAGUCAAGAUGCCAUGAUCUAUGUUAGGAAAUUUGGAAGACCAGAUCUCUUUAUAACAUUCACAUGUAACUCCCAAUGGCCAGAAAUAAAAAUUGAGUUACUACCCGAUCAAAAUUCUUACGACAGACAUGAUUUGAUUUCUAGAGUAUUUCAUUUAAAACUAAAAAAAAUGAUAGACCUAUUAACGAAGAAAAAUAUAUUUGGACCAUCGAAAGCCUUCGUUUAUAGUGUAGAAUGGCAAAAAAGAGGUUUACCUCACGCUCACAUUUUGUUGUGGCUGGCUAACAAAGUGCAACCGGAUUCCAUAGAUGCAAUAAUAUCGGCUGAAAUACCUGACAAACAACAAGACCCAAUGCUUUAUAACAUUGUCAUAAAAAUAUGA